UUAAUGUUGCUGUUUGGCGCUUCCCUUGCGACGACCGCAGGCAGACAGACCUCCAUUCGAGCUCCUAAAACGGCCCGGGUUCCUAUGAAUGGGUUUAGUCCGACAUGUGGCCUUUCACCCCGCCCUACGAAACACGACCAUGCAAGCCACACUCGGAGAAUUGUUUGUUAAUAGUCCAAUUAGAUAAUUGCCAUCUUUCACUCUUUCCCCCAUUUCCCAUAAAAGAAUGAAUGCGGGGAGCAGCGUGAAGAGGGCUUCUGCCCCGCGAGGUGACAAGGAGGACUGGAGCGUGCUCCAAGCAGCCAUCUAUUCACUUGAAUUGAUUCAUUGUUGGGUAAUCAAUGGUCUUAUUGGAUUAUUGUCCAUUCGAGGUACCAAAUAUAUUGUUGCACUGACAAUGAAAUAACUGAGGUGAAACUUUUCAUUUAGAGAAUCUUUAGUUAGCAUUUUCCGGACUAGCUGUUUCCUGUGGAUAUAUUUUGAAUAGAUUUUUUUUUCACUCUCUGGGUAGUUCCUAAAGGUGGCUCCGUCUCACUGGCCUGAACGUUCAGUUCAAGGGACAGAGACUCAAAGGAACUUGGGCUUUAGAGAUGGCUGCUUGCAGCGCUAAUAUUACAACAGCAAAUUGCUCCGAACUUUCCUGAAACUCUUAACGCUCUGACAAGUGUAUUUUUUUUUCUCGCAUUUGAGGCCAAUCGGUUUACAGUAUUUAGCUGCCUGAUUGAAGACGAGCAGAGAAACCAUAUAUUAAGACCUGAUAUAUUAUCCAAACAACGUAUUCAUGGGGCAACGUAAAUGCCUGGCCGUAAAAUUACCCAUAAUCAAUUGAAACGGCAAGUGUACGUACUAUGUGUCUGGUAUUUGUAGAUCUCACAGCAGUAAAUCUGGAAGGCUGCAGCUUAAAGCACUAUGUCGCGCAGUGUUGAUCAUUUGUUACAUCAAGCAGGACAACCAUAAAAAAAAUCGGACAACGGAGAAAGCGGAAUUUCAAUCGAGCAUUCCGAAACCACUCUUGCCGAUAAAACAAACUUUAAAGAGAACCCAGCGGCCGGGACAAUAUUUUAUGAAAUAUCUUUAAAAAAAAAUAUUGUGCCUUGCAAUUUAUUUUUCUCCGCACUACAUUACACUAGCAGUCCUCAAUGGAAGUCAGGUGCAAUCGAGAACCAAUAAUGGAAGCGGAGUCGAGCAGAGGUUUAAAGAAUGGACUCCGAGAAGGCAGAGAAACCAGCUCGAGUUCACGGGAUUCUCACGGAAGCCUUCGGAAUUCUUUGAUGGACGACCAGCAAGAGACUUUCUCAGCUUCUGCGAUCUCCGAUGACUGCAAUAAAACAAAAUCCAGUACGACUGACCCGGACUAUUGUAGACGAAUUCUUGUAAGAGAUGCAAAGGGAUCUAUAAGAGAAAUAAUUCUACCCAAAGGGCUAGACCUUGACCGACCCAAGCGCACCCGAACAUCUUUCACAGCUGAGCAGCUGUAUCGUUUAGAAAUGGAGUUUCAACGCUGUCAAUACGUUGUUGGCCGGGAGAGAACAGAACUGGCUCGUCAGCUCAACUUGUCUGAAACUCAGGUGAAAGUCUGGUUUCAAAACCGACGCACGAAGCAGAAGAAAGACCAAGGGAAAGAUUCCGACGUUCGCUCGACAGCCUCUGAGACCGCAGCAACCUGCAGCGUUUUAAGGCUCCUGGAACAAGGAAGGCUUCUGUCGCCGCCUGGAUUGUCCGGUAUCCUGCCUUGUGCCACCAACAACCUGGGAUCAUCUCUGUGUUCCCCCAUCGUCGGCCUUGGCACCACGUUGGGCACAUCGUCACUCACGGUGGGGACAUCUGGAGCACCGACACUGAGCACCACCCACCCCGGACACAGCGUCUUCAGUAUGCCGGUACCAUCUCUUAUUGGCACGGUAGCCACAAGGCUCGCUUCACCCUUAACUGUUACCAGUUCUUUGACGGGGAACUUGCAUGAACUUUCUGCUAGGUACUUGAGUUCUUCAGCUUUUGAACCUUAUUCAAGAAAUGGGAAAAGAGAAACGAUGGACAAAAAAAUAAUGGACUGACAGAUACUUUCAGGAAACACAUUCUGUUGACCCAUGAGGGCUGAAUUAAAAAAAAUAUUGGAAAUUAACAAUCGUGUAACACGUAGGCAUACAUAUUAUGCACAUAUACCCCACUCCCAAAGAUGCAGCUAGUCAGUUUAAACCGUCAUAAGCAACUCUCGUUCGAUUUGGGGUGGGGGGAGGGGAGUGAUAUUCAAUGCUCCAACAUCACUUUUAAACCAGGCCAUACUCCAAACCUCUAAAUGGUAUCAAGAUCUAGUACGGAGCUCUGGCGACAAUGUGACAGGCUGUGCGAGUUCAUAACGCAGUCAAUUUAUUUGGCUUGUCGAAUAGUACAAUAUAAUUUUGGAUAUUUUUGAAUUGCAGCUCGGGCAAGUCAUCCAACAUAAAAGGUAAUUUUUACGUCUAGUUCCUGAAGGAUUAAAGUAUUCGAUGUUCAUGUUGCUUGUUCUAGCUCAGUUAGAUCUGUCAUAAAUGAAGGUGGUGCGCUGUUUGGUCUUUUGUAUAAAAAAAAGUAUAUUGUUUUAAACACAUGCCACCAAAAUCCUGAUGUAUAGCUUUUAUUAUAGUAUAAUAAUUUGAAGGAUGUAAAAUCUGAAAUUGUAUUUUAUUGUAAAUUAUUGAUUAACGUCCGUAAUUAAUAGACUAAUGAUUUAAUGAAACGGCGGUGGCUGUAUUUAAAGUUAAAUAGUGUCGAAUGAAAGCCCUUGCUACUAACUUGAUCUGUAUUUUGUCAUUUGUUAUCUUUUGCAUGUUGUAAGUGUGAAAAUACAUGUGACUGAAAUGUUAAUAGCUGUGGUUUCUUAUUCCCAUCAAAAAACACCCUUCUCGGCAUUGAGAAUGAAUUAUUUGCGAUUUUUCUGAGAAACACAACGCUCAUCUUUAAAACGGGACAUAUUUCAUUGUGUUUUUGAGUUUAAAAAAGACAAAUUAAAAUACAGUAUGUCAUUUA